GAUGUGGGAACUGUCAGGUGGACGAGGGGGUCUAUUUUAAUGAGCCAAUAGCAUSAUUGCUUUGAAUACGCAGAACUUUCACUAUUUAUCAUAAAGUGCUUUUCCUUUACAGCUAAACUGCUGGCCCGUCUGUUUUUCGCUCAUCGUCAAAGGAACGAUACACUGCUGCGAUGUCUGAGGGACCGAGAAAGCCAAAAAGGAAAUUUGCAGCCACACGUCGACUGCUCAUAAAAGGUAAGCUGCUGAAGAAGGCAGCUUCUAUGCUGGUCGCUGAAAGUCAAGAGAAAGAACUGGAGAAGGAAAGAGUUGUAAAUGAGAGCGUUCCUCCGCUCAAGCUGUCAGGACUGUCAGCCCAGGAACUCCAGGAACUUUGCAAAGACUUGCAGAAGAAGCUUGACGUCGCUGACGAGACGCGCUACGACAUGCAAAUUAAAGUCAACAAAAACGAGAAUGAGAUUGUGUCGCUGAAACAGAAGAUCAUCGAGUUGAAGGGGAUGAAGAAACCCAGCCUGAAGAGAGUGAAGAAGACCACAGACGACAUGCUGGGCGCGUGCACAGACGCUACCAAACUCAAGAAGGCCGACUUCAAGGCAAACCUCAAGACGGUGAAAAAAGAAGACGAUAAGAAGGAAGAAGUGACCGACUGGCGUAAGAAUGUGGAGGCCCUCUCUGGGAUGGAGGGCAGGAAGAAGCUAUUUAAUGCAGGACAAUGAAACAAUGCACAUAUUAAGUAAUCAGUCAUUUCCAAAUGCUGACGUUACAGAUCGCAGUCGUUGAGUCAAAUCGUAUCGUGAGCGUUUGAAAAGUUUUGAAUUUCAUGCUGAAAUGAAACGAUCAUAACAAUGUUUAGUCAUGAUUAAAUGUAAAUUACGAUACCACUGCAGGAAUAAUAGCCAUAGUUUAAUGCAAACUGAGAUUGUGGUACAAAAAAAGAAAAA